UUUUUAGUAGAAAUGUCGCUUGCGAGCAUGCCUAGUCCCCGUGCUAUUUUGACUUUACAAAAGACCCUUUCGGGAUUUCAAAAGUAUGCUACUUCUGUUCAAAGUUUGCGCAAUUCUAGUUCAGCUGUCAAGGUGACGCUUGUUGGUGCUAGUGGAGGAAUUGGACAACCUCUUGCUCUUCUUUUAAAAAAGAAUGCUUCGAUUGCGCAUUUGGCUUUAUACGAUAUUGUUGGUACUCCAGGAGUUUGUGCUGAUCUUUCUCAUAUUAAUACUCCUGCGAAGGUCACUGCCCAUAUGGGACCUAACGAAUUGUCUGCUGCUUUGAAAGACGCCGAUGUUGUAGUUGUUCCUGCUGGUGUUCCAAGAAAGCCAGGAAUGACGCGUGACGACUUAUUUAACACAAAUGCUGCAAUCGUUCGUGAUGUUGCUGAAGCCGCAGCGAAAGCUUGUCCCAAUGCUUUUCUUAGCAUAAUUACAAAUCCGGUGAAUUCAAAUCUGCCUAUCGCUUCUGAAGUUUAUAAAAAUAACGAUUGUUAUGAUCCAAAAAAGAUUUUUGGAGUGACUCUUCUUGAUGUUGUUCGUGCCCAGACUUUUGUUUCUGAAUUAAAGAAUGUUGAUGUUACAAAGACAAAAAUUCCUGUAGUUGGUGGACAUUCUGGCGUGACUAUUGUGCCUUUACUUUCCCAAUGUCAGCCGAAAGUUCAACUUAGCGAUGGAGAAAUAAAGGCAUUGAGUGAACGUAUUCAAGAGGCUGGAACUGAAGUUGUUAAGGCUAAAGCUGGCGCUGGCUCUGCUACGUUGUCAAUGGCUUUGGCAGCAGAAUAUUUUGUUGGAUCCUUGGUAAAUGCCUUGAAGGGGCAAAAAAGUGUUCAGUGUGCCUAUGUUCGAUCUGACGUUGUUCAAGGACUUGAAUAUUUUGCCGGACCUGUUGAACUCGGUCCAAAGGGAGUGGAAAAAAUUCUUCCUCUUGGCGAGCUUUCGAGUUAUGAGAAGAAAUUAAUUGAGAAGGCAAUUCCUGAUUUGAAGAAGGAAAUUGCAAAGGGUGUUGACUUUAUUAAGCGAGGAAUUUAA